AGUCUGGUUUUAAAUAAAGACAGGGAUAUGGAAAGAAUACAUGGGUGUGGUAUCAACUCCCUUGAUAUUGAGCCUAUUGAAGGAAGACACAUGUUAUCAGGAGGGUCAGAUGGUGUUGUUUUACUUUAUGACCUUGAAAACUUUAUCAGAAAGCCUUGCUACAUGUGUAAAGCAAUUUGCUCCAUAGGAAGGAGCCAUUCUGAUGUACAUAAAUAUAGCAUAGAGACAAUGCAGUGGUAUCCUCAUGACACUGGCAUGUUUGCAUCCAGCUCAUUUGAUAAAACAUUGAAAAUAUGGGAUACAAAUACUUUACAGCCCUCAGGGCUGUUCCAUUUUGAUGGAACUGUCUAUAGUCAUCAUAUGUCUCCAGUUGCUACCAAACAUUGUUUAAUAGCAGUUGGUACCAAAAGCCCCAAAGUACAGCUCUGUGACUUGAAGUCUGGGUCCUGUUCUCACAUUCUGCAGGGUCACAGGCAAGAAGUGCUGGUAGUGUCUUGGUCCUUGUGUCAUGAUUAUAUUUUGGCAGCAGGAAG